UGGUGCGGUGUGUCUGUCGGUUAAGGACAAUACAAAAGGAUUACACUGUGUGGGAUAACAAAUUACAACGAGGAAGACGGUCGUGUUUGAUCACUUUGAAAGAACUUGCCCGGGAAGGAUGGACGUCUGGCCGACCAUGGGAAAUCAACCAUACAGAGGAUUUUCUAUGAAUCGCUUUUGUGUUGUCUUCCUCUUCCUCAGUCUGCGUUUCGCAUGUGGAGAUGUGAGCUACUCUGUUGCGGAGGAGAUGGAACGCGGGUCUGCGAUUGGAAAUAUAGUCAAAGAUCUAGGCCUGGGGAUUGCUACGCUUUCUUCACGUAAAGCUCGCAUUGACACAGACAGGAAUGACAAGAGGUAUUGUGAUAUUAAUCUGAGCACCGGCAGCUUGAUUGUUACAGACAGGAUCGACAGGGAAGGCCUUUGUGGUAAGAAGGCGAGCUGCGUUUUAAUAGAGGAGCUGGUUUUGGAAAACCCUUUAGAGCUUCAUCGUGUCAGUAUUCAUGUGGAAGAUAUAAACGAUAACUCUCCACAGUUCAGUGAGGACGUGAUUUUAUUAGAAGUAACGGAAUCAGCAGUCAAAGGAGCGAGAUUCGUACUCACUGAAGCCCAUGAUGCGGAUAUCGGCACAAAUAGCGUUCAGAGAUACACUUUACAGAAUAAUGAGCAUUUCACUCUUAAUGUAGAUUCAGUGGGCAGUGGACGGAAACAAUACGAUUUAGUUUUGGUUAAAGAACUAGACCGAGAGCAAGAGAGGGAAAUAAAAUUAGUUCUGACAGCUCUAGAUGGCGGUUCUCCUCAGAGAUCAGGUACUGCUAUCAUUCAUAUCACUGUGCUGGAUGCUAAUGAUAACGCCCCAGUAUUCAGCCAGGCCGUUUAUAAAGCCAGUCUGCCUGAAAACGCACCUCUAGAUACAUUAGCUGUUGCAGUGAGCGCUACCGAUGCAGACGCGGGACACAAUGGUGAUAUUACCUAUAAUUUUGAUCAUGUAUCUGGUGAUCAUGUCUCUAUCUUCUCACUUGAUCAUAAGACAGGAGAGAUAAGAGUCACUGGCUCUACUGAUUAUGAAACGGAGACCUCAAUUGAACUGCGAAUAAGAGCAAAAGACGGACCAGGUCUCACCUCAUAUUGUACAGUAAUUAUAGAUAUAAUAGACGUUAAUGAUAACCCGCCUGCUAUCAGCGUGAAAUCUCUGUCUAACCCUGUACCCGAGAACGUGUCAGCUGGUACAGAGGUGGGCAUCAUUAACGUACAGGACAGAGACUCUGAGACUAACAGACAGGUCCGCUGCUCCAUUCAACAAGGCGUCCCCUUUAAGUUGGUUCCUUCUAUUAAAAACUAUUAUUCCCUGGUGACCACAGGACAACUGGACCGUGAACGGGUAUCUGAUUACAACAUUACAAUCACGGCCACUGACGAGGGCUCUCCACCUCUGUCCUCCUCUAAAACUGUUCAGUUAUCUGUAGCAGACAUCAACGACAACCCACCUGUGUUUGAGGAACAGUCCUACAGCGCAUAUGUGAGUGAGAAUAACAAACCUGGCUCCACUUUAUGUUCCGUCACUGCUCGAGACCCCGACUGGAGACAAAACGGUACAGUGAUUUAUUCUGUGUUACCUGGUGAGGUGAACGGUGCCCCGGUGAGGAAGCCCAGACUGUUGUUUGACGGAGCAGUCGCCAUCCCCAGCGCUUAUCUCCCUCCUAAUUACGCAGAUGUUGACGGCACAGGAACUUUACGCAGCACCUACAACUAUGACGCAUACCUGACAACAGGUUCUCGAACCAGUGACUUUAAGUUUGUGACGUCAUACAGUGACAACACACUGCCUGCUGACCAGACUCUGAGGAAAAGUCCAACUGACUUUAUUGAUACAUUUGGAGACUGUGAAUAUUCUCCUGAG